AGUGACCAGUAAGGGAAGUGAAGGGCAGUUUCAUUGUCUCAAGAUGUCUGCCGAUAUUUAUGCCAACUCAGAUGUGUCAACGAAGGUGAGAUACAACAGAAAUGUGCAGGAAGAAGAGAAGGAGGAGAGAGGAAGAAGAGAGGGAGGAGAGGAAGAAGAAAGGGAGGAGAGGGAGGUGGAAAUAUACGAGAGUGCAGACGCUGUCGGGGACGAUCACGUCUACGACCAGCCCCACGGAGGAGGACCAGACGCUGAGAGACGUCCUCCAGCCGUCCAACGGAGGACUUUCAGGACUGCAGCGCUCUGUCUGGCAGCGCUCUGCUUCCUGAUGAUAACUGGAUUCAUCAUCCUUUCCACAUACUUCACCUUGCUACAGACCAGAUACGACCAACUGAGCAGCAACUACAGCCAGAUCCAGAAGAGAGUUUGUGAGAAGGGGUGUCCUGACGGAUGGAGGAGAUCUAGAUGUAGUUGUUACUUUAAAUCUAAAGAGAAGAAGAAGUGGUUUGACAGCAGAGCUGACUGUUGGCAGAGAGGAGCAGAUCUGGUCGUCAUUAACAACGAAGAGGAACAGGUGAGUGUGUUUGUAUCUGAGUGAUCCUAGAGAAAAAGACAUUCAGUGGCAAUAUUUGAAUAUAAAAUAUGAUAUAUCAC